AUGGCCAUGAAAGGUAUCGCCGUUGGCCUGCGGCUGUGGGAGUUUCUCUGGACCCUGCUCGUCAUGGCCCUGAUCGGUAACAUGAUCAACGAAUCCUUCGCCGGGAACCCUGCCACGGUCAACUACACCAUGUUUGUUGCGGCAUUCUCGAUGUUUUCGCUCCUCUACCUGACCCCGGCCUCGUUCAACCCCGACUGGGCCAUCCACCCCAUCCUCAUGAUCGUCCUGGACACCCUGAACGCCAUUUUCUUCCUCACAUCCGGUAUCGCACUGGCGGCCAAGCUGGAGUCUCACAGCUGCAGCAACAACGCCUACACCCUCAACAACGAGAUCACCGACGGCUCUUUCCAUCGCGAAAAGCGCUGCCGUGAGGCUCAGGCCUCUACCGCUUUCCUGUGGUUCGCGUGGGCUGGAUACACGGUGUCGGUCGUCAUGUCUAUCAUGGCCUCCCGUCGGACUGGCGUCAACCUUCGUGGACGCACCGGCCCUGCCCGUGGGACUCGUCCCAGCAUGGCGCAGGUUUAA